AUGGCUAAUUUGAUUGCAACCUCCAGCUUUGUUUGCGCCAAAUUCCAAAAGGCAAACAUCACAACCCGGUUCCGCAGCUACCGAAUCCCCGCGGUCUCCGACCUCAACCCAACCAUCCUUGAAGCCGCUCUCGCGACCUCCGCUGCGCCAACCUACUUCUCCGACGUCGCCAUCAAAGGCAGCAAGUUCGUCGACGGCGCGCUCGGGGCGAACAACCCUGCCCUGGAAGUUGAAGAAGAAGCCUCGGACCUCUGGUGCGAGGAGACGGGGAAUCUGCAGCCCCUGGUCAAAUGCUUCAUCUCUGUUGGCACUGGCCAUCCCGGCAUCCGGAGUGUUUCUGACAAGGGGCUGAAGCAUCUCUUGGAGACGCUGCAGAAGGAGGCCUCGGAGACGGAGAGCACCAACGAGAAGUUCCUGAGCCGCUGGCGCGACUAUGUGGAGAAGGGCCGGUGCUUUCGGUUUAAUGUCGACCAUGGGCUGGGCAGUGUGAGGCUAGAGGAGUUUGAAGAGCAGGACUUGGUUCGUGCGGCGACGUCUACGUAUUUGCAGAAACGAGGUACGAUAGGCGAGGUGAGGGCGUGUGUGGAGAAUUUGCGCAUGAAGGAAUGUAUGUAUAGCGCCUAG